CGGCUUGAGGUGAUUUGAAGUUGAGACACGUCGACGACACAAUGAAGAUCGCGUUAGCUAUUCUUUUUGUAGUCGCAUUAUGCGCACACGUGUCCGUAGUGACGAGUGCUACGUCUGGUGUGCCGGUAUUACCUGGUUCAGUAGUUGUCACAAGUAGCACUACUACCGCAAAACCAUGGACUCAAAGGUUCAAAGAUGGAUUGGGUAAAUUCUUGCAAGGAGCAGCAAUCGCUGGAGCGGUACAGCAAGGUUUCCAGAAUGCUCGUAGCCACAAACACAAACCAACGUCAUCAUUAGCAUCGGCUGCAAAAUCUCAUUAAUUUAGACUAUUAAUUAUCAGCAAAUAAACAUGUUUUGUUACUAAAUAGAGUUUAUUAUUG